GACUCGCCUCUGCUUGUGGCAGGUUCGAUGAUAUACUGUCGCCAGGUACAAGCGCUGCCUUCGAAAAGACCUGCACAAUUUCAAAAGGUGAUUCAGCUGCACUAGCGGCCUUCUGUGCAAAAUGGCGCGGAAUCGCACGAGGAAACGAUCACUGCAGACGCUACCAGCCGCAACGCUAAAUCGCAUCUUCUCAUACUUGGAUCCGCACAGUGCCGCUGCGGCCGAGCAUACCAGCAAGUGCUUUCGGGCUGUCUUUCAAUCAAACGAUACGCCUUACAAGACUAUUCGAAUCCGCCUGAGUGGCAUUGAAACGCUGCCAGAUGGAUGGACGGAGAAGCAAUUCUUGCACUUUAUGCUUCCAAGCCGAACAUGGUCUGGCUCUGAAGCAUGUCUCGAAUGCACAGCGCCGUCCAAACCCUUCGCAUUCAUCAAACUACAUUGUUGCGCGGCCUGCGCAGCUCGAACUGCACUGUCGUACGAUCAAGCUCUCGCCCAUCUACUGCAGCUACAACCCAAUAUGGCAGAAGCAGAUGCUUGUGAUUUGCUUGAACUGACGCCCGGCAUGCUCAAUCCUACGAUGAAGCGAUGGAGGCUUGACCGCUGUCUUUUCGCACGUGAUGCCCUCAACUGUAUCUACGAGCGAUUUCGCGCUUCUGGCUUAUCGAUCAUGGAGUUUGCUAAAAUGCAGCCGCCUAGCCUGCUUCAAACUGCUCUUAUCCAGCGCAUUGACAAGUGUUACGAGUACAGGGUCAUGCUUGACGCAACUAAGCAUGAUUUAAGUGAGGGUGCGACCAUGGCACGGAAAAGGCAGCUCACGCAACUCUUUGACCAGAAAAAGUUGCCUGAGUCACUUCGCCCCUACCUCGGCAAAAUGGCAGCUGACUAUCACAGCCAUAGGGACUUUUGCGAAGACGAAAUGGCAGCUAGUGAUCACGACCUCAGGGACUAUUGCAAAGACGAACUUGAAGACCUAGCCCCAAACAUGAAGCAGCACCUCGAACUUAUCAAGCAGCGAGAGGAUGGGCUGGCAAUAACGACAAAGCUGGAGCAGCACCUGCUGGGCUGGAUCCACGUUCAGGAAGACACCAGAGAAGCUCCGUGCCCUUCUUGGUGAUGCCGGCAAGCAAGAUAAUGUCCUUCAGAAGCGAU